GUGUGCACUGCAGUCGCGCCGCCUCGCACAGUAUCUUGGCUAUCGGAAAUCGGACGAGCGGUUACUUUUCGCUGUGUCGUUAUCGUCGUAAUCUUAUAGAUUGCGCAUGAUCUGGCUCGGUGUCGGCACUGAGCUGAGCUUGUGUCCCUCCAUCGUCGCGGGAGAGCUUCCACCCGAGUUGGGGCUAGUCGUGUUAGUAAGUGUUGGUCGUGGCUUCUAGCGCAAGAAAUCGACUUUCGGCCACAUUCUUGGGCUGUUGCUGAUACGGCGAAAACCGAUAGCUAGUUGUGUAUCUGCCACUCUACCGACUUUCACACACUCGCCGUAUCUGUUCUAGCGGCUGCUAUCUGUGGCGCGAGCUUGGCAAAGUCGCACGGGCUCUCGUUGGUGGUUGACGAAGUUUCGGGCUCCUCUGUGUUUACGUGAAAUCGUAAUUUCCGUCUUGACUUCGCCAAGGUGCUUCCGGCGUGUCCUUGAUUUCUCGUCGGGCUACCGAGUCCUGCUGUUGCCGUCUUUGCCGGAAGGUAGGUACGUGAACUGAACCCCAACUGGUACCGCACACUCGGUGCGACUUAGGGUCUUCCGGCACCGCGGGUCCGUUGGCGCGUGCACUAUACUCGGAGCGUUCCAGAUCCCGGGUCCUGAUUUCCGCCGUUGGAAUCCCGCCAGGAUACUUUCGCCAGUGCAGUUUCGCAGUUAACUUGUUUAUUGUGAUCUCGAAUUUGCGGCUCGGGUGCGUGCAAGUGUGGCGAUAAGCAGCCGCGUAUGGGUGUUGGACGAGAACGAGCCGCUGGCGGGUCGUGUGUGAUUGUUUUUCCACUUGUGGGGCGAAUUGUCAGCGCCAAUUAGCCGAGGGGGACGAGCGGAGUGUCGGGCGAAGCGGAGCCGGGCCGUGCAUACGAGCGCGGAGUGGAGGUGACAGUGCGGCGCGUAUGCAACACAUACACUUGACUGCCUCCCAGGAAGCGGGGGCGCGAUUCAAGGGGGCGGCCGCCAAACACAAACGCAACUUGCGAGUGCUCCGCGAAUGAGGAUGAUAUGCUAACGAAUGGCAGUGAUAACACACUUUGUUGACAGCCAACACAUCCACCGAAAAAUAUAUUGAGCCGCAAUUUUAUCGCAUUAUUUUCAAUUUUUUUCUGGUUGUUUGCCGAAAGCUGUUAUCAUCACGGCCGCGCGGUUGGAGUGUGUUCGGGUGGUGUGCGUUCGCGGUUUGUGGUUUCGCGGUGCAAGUGCGGAAAUCUACUCUAGUGGGACAACGAGCGGUACCAACGGAGAUUUCGCAGUGCAAGAUAUCCGCCUAGAACAGAUUGGAUACUACGCGAUGCGACUAUCGGUGGUGAUCAUUAUUGCUAGUAACAAAGGACAAGCAGUCGAUUAUGUCAACACUUAUUGUAGUGAACCGCGGAUGUAAUGAAAUGUUGACCGUUAUUAGUUACCUGACUAGUCAUAAUUGAGGGAAGCACAGUUAAAAGCCGUCCAUGAACCAUAAAUAAUUAUUGCAGCUUUAAUGAAAUUUUAAACUACGAGUAAAUGGAAAAUUAUUCGGGCGGACUGUUUACUAGUUGACGUCCUUUUCGUAAUUAUUAUUAUCUGAAGAAAAUCUACAACUACAACGGAGAUACAUAAGAACAAUCGUCACGAUAUAGCCUGGAUAAGGAUAAUUUAUAAACCGUGCACGUAACCUCUCACAAUCGGAAUAAAAGGAUUUUCUGUGAUUCAAGAAGGAGUUUUUCACCAAAAGGCUCACAUUUUUUAGAUAAUAUCAAAGUAAAAUUGUCAAAAUUGCGGCAAUGGGUAGGAAAAAAAUUCAAAUUUCUCGCAUCACCGAUGAAAGAAAUAGACAGGUGACAUUCAACAAAAGGAAAUUUGGUGUUAUGAAAAAAGCCUACGAACUGUCUGUACUGUGUGAUUGCGAAAUUGCCCUGAUCAUAUUUUCAUCAAGCAACAAACUCUACCAAUAUGCGAGUACGGAUAUGGAUAAGGUCCUCCUCAAAUACACCGAAUACAAUGAACCGCACGAGUCACUGACCAACAAGAACAUAAUAGAGGUACUUACAAAGAAGGAGAAUAAGAACGGAGCCAUGUCUCCCGAAUCACCUGAACAGGAAGCUGACUACACGCUGACACCAAGAACUGAAGCCAAAUACAACAAAAUCGAUGAAGACUUUCAAUUAAUGAUGCAACGCAAUCAUAGGGUUAAUAUGACCGGUACAAAUUACACUAUGCCCGUAUCAGUUCCGGUUGGCGGAAGUUAUAGUGAGUCGGGAAUGUUACAAGCUAGUCCACAAAUGGCACAUACGAAUAUUAGUCCGAGACCAUCCAGUUCGGAAACGGAUUCAGAAAAAUUCACAGUUUAUCCCUCAGGAGCGAUGCUGGAGAUGUCCAAUGGCUAUCCGCCGUCUGCAUCACCACUGGGUGGCUCGCCUAGUCCUGGGCCGAGUCCUGGUAUAGGUGGGCAUCAAAAUAAUAAAUCCUCCCAUAUAUCGCAUGUGUCCCACAAGCAACAUUCACCAGGUGGACAAAGUGGGCGAAGCGCUAAUUUAAGGGUCGUAAUUCCGACAGCAAUGCAAGCAAACUUAUCAGGAGAUGACAUCAGUUACUCGGAUCAGCAACAUCGGCAAAACCAGUCAACACUUAACACGCCUGUGGUUACUCUACAAACACCCAUACCUGGGUUAAGCAAUUAUUCCUUAAGUUCAUUUGCUCCACAAGACUUUUCAAUGGGAUCAUCAGAUGUAAUAGGUCUGCCACCGUGGAACACACAUCAUAGCUUAUCAUCAGUGCCACAUUCGGGCUCUUUCAUUUCUUCCUAUAGCGGUCUAUCACAUUUAACCAUUUCAAAUAGCACACCCCCGCCAUCAACGUCACCUAUAUCAGUUAAGGUGAAAUCGGAGCCGGUAUCUCCGCCUCGCGAUCAUCAUGGAAGUACUGGGCAUCAUUCGCAUUCUAGUUCAAUGUUAAGUCAAGCAUCGAGUGGUGGACUUUCUGGGACAACAUUGAAUACGGCAGCCGUAAUAUCAGUGAGCAAUCAAUCGAGUCCAGCUAAUUUGGGAGUGUUGCACUCACAGCAUCUUGUGAUGAAUUCAAGACCGUCUUCUACGGGUCAUUUGACACCGACACCAGGUACCGUGACGCCGACAAAUGUCCCAUCACCAGUCAGCGAUCUGCGGCAUUCAUCUAGUUCCCAACUUCCCGACUACGAUUCGCCGAACCAGCCUCACAAGAGGCCACGCAUCUCUGAGGGUUGGUCUACAUAGCCGAUUUCCAAAUACAACAAUUUCUUCAACUACAAUGGGUCGAAAUCGUCUCUAUCAGCAACUUCAGCAGCAAACUAUCUCCAACACAGUAGCAGCAGAUACACCGCAUAUAACAGCAAGGGCUAAGGACGUAGCCUCAAUACUCACGUGAACUGAAGAUGUAUUAUAGGUUCGAUGCAAGGAUGCAAGCUGAGUGCAAGGACAGUGGGGUGUGUUGAUUUGUAAAAACAAAACAAACGUGUCAUAUCUUAACGUAAUAUCUAGUGAACUAGCUAAGUUUAGGCAAAUCGCAGUGGUUAAGGCAAAAGGAUAAACCGUUUUGCAAAAUUGUAAAUAUUAGGAUAAUUCAACAAUCCAGGAUGCAAUGGAAGGAUUCUUUUAGUUAUAAAUUCAGGAUACAUUUAGGCUUUAAGCUGACAUAAAAUUAUUCUUUGGUAAAUGUUAAAAAUCUAGCGUAAAUGCAUAGUAGAAGCGAUAAGGGAGGAAGUGCAGAAGGAUAUAAGUAAAACAGUGCAAUUAACUCGUCGAAAGUCAUAAUUUUACAAAGAAUAUAUGGUAAUAUUGAUAUUAAACCCUAUUACAACUUACUUAGGUAGAAUUUUGUAAAGUAAAUUUGAAACGUGAAACAAGGACACGACGACUAAGCGUUUUAAAAAUUGAUCAAUUCAGUUGCGAAGGUGUUCAAACUUUAUGCAGAGUCGUCCUCUGGUCCUCUGGUCGACGACUAAUCUGUAAAAACUUUUGGAGAAAGUAGAGGAAGCAGAAACACGUUUAGCGAAAUGGUCGAUAUUUAUGUCGGAGAGAAGGCGAAAGGAAACAAUCUACACUACAAUAAAUAGGAAGCGAGGUUCGUUCGUAAGGAAAACACUAUUUACAAAGACCAACCACACACACACAAGUUCACGCCACUAAAGUGCCAUUUAGUGUCAUAGCUUUUCAAAUGCGAUUUGAAGAAAACGAGUAAAAUUACAAAACCAAACAAAAAGCUAUUUACAUGCAGUAGACGCCAGAAGAAACGUUAUUUUUAGAGAUAAUACAAGCAAAGGAUGCAAAAAUACGUAGUGAAAAAUUAUUGAUAAAAUAACAAUCGAUCAAAUGAUCUGAAAAAAACUCUGAGCCAUUUUAUGCUUAAAGCAAACUAUAGUUUUCAGAUUGUAUAUUAAAAAUAUAUAAAGAGAUAGAGAUAUAUUUCUAUAUUUGAUAGAAACGAUUCUACAUAGAUACAAGCACUGAAAUGACGAAUACAAGAUCUGACAUUUGUCGCAAGCGCAGGAGCGUAGAGUACUUUAGGUCCAUAGCGAGAACACACAGUAGAUAGGGUUUGAUACCAUUGAACGAGGGAAAAUGUGCUUUAUUUUAAUCUGGUUUUGAUUUUUCCACCAUUGAAAUGCAUCAGAAAGUUAAAAGGCUUGGAUGACCUUACCUACGCGUACCUGUACGCCUUCUCAACAGUUGAAGUAGAUUCGGAACAGUCUAGUAGAGAUUGCUCACUGCAGUAAGGGAUGCCUCAGUUCAAAUGUAAACCUGAACCUCAAAUUGUCACAAGAAUCCACUGCUAGCAACACAGAUGAAUACGAGUCUUCAGAAGUUUUUUCUCAAAAUCCACUCCCCCUUUGCUCGGCUUCCAGAUUUUUUCGGUAUUCAAGAGGAGUAAAAAUUGAAAAUAAAUUAGGCUUUUAGGGCCACUAUAACUUAGUGCAAUAAAGGAUCGGAUGAGCAGGCGGAAUUCCAAAAAAAGUUCCCCGGAAUUUAAAACCAAAGUUAUAAGGAACUCAAUUUCAUCUGGUAUUGGGUGACUUGCCGAGAGAGAGAGUAGCCGCUCCUUUCUCCUUCCAGGGCGAUUAUUUUAAACCCCUCAAAUGCUUUUCCUUUCACUGUGCUUUGCUAAUUCCUGUUGAAGCCGAUCCGGUCCACGAUAAUGGAUUUUCUCUGUCGCGACAGUUCCCUAUUCUCUAAGCUGAAAUUUUCAAAUAUAGGACGUGUGUUUCUUAUAUAUUUUCAUUUAUUUAAUUUACUUUUUGCUCUACAACUCUCACACAUAUUUACGAUGGAUGUGCUUGUUCUGAUCGCAAAGCGAUUUUUUCGAAAUCGCGUGCGUGUUAUAUUUAGAAGAGAUGAAUAAAAAAAAUGCUUGAAAUGGUUGACCAAAAUGCGAUUUGUAGCCCUUGCGUGUGGAACGAGAAUACAAAUAGAAUGUUAGAAGUACAUGAUUUUCAAAUAAUUAGCUUAAUGAAUAUUUCUAGUGCAGUAAAAUUGUAUUUUCUGGUCGUCGCAAAGAUUUCUUUUUGUAAUUUGUUUUAAUUAGUUAGUUAUUUUUUGUAAUAACGUUUUGUAGUCACUAUUCACUGUUUGCCUUUUGAUUUGUUUUCUUUUACGUUUCAUUUCUUAAUUUUAAUUGUAAUAAUAUUAAUUAUUAUUAAAUUGAUACUCAAUAUUAGAUUGUAUUUGACAUAAAAUGAUAGUCGUUUGUUUUAAGUGAAUUUUUAUUCGAUAUAAAAAUGCAAAAAAACGUUUUGUUGAAAUUUUCA